AUGGCCAGAACCGUCGAUCUUGAACAUGUUGCGGUAGGUUUUCAAGACUUAAAAAAGGCAGGAACGUGGUAUCUUUUUUUCCGAAGCUUACUUAACUCAGAUUCCUUCCAUUUUUUGUUGUAACUUAAUUUUUCUCCUUCAUAAAAGCCUCAAAAAAGAACUACCUUCAGAAGCCUCGCCGGCCGACGUUGCUUCUGGUCCUGCGGCGAACGGGUUACGGUAAAUGUCUGAUGUGCUCACUUUUGCUGGUCCUUUGCUUCGUCUACGCCUCGUUUUGUCACGUCCGUCAUGAGGCCUACUCGGGAAAGCAGCCGCUUCUCAUGUCUGUAGUUUUCAAGGAUAUUUUUUAUUGGUUCAAAUAAUAAGUAGGCAACAACAUAAUUCAACUUUAUUCACGUUAUUCGUGACACUUUCUGACAAGGAAGGUCAUUCAACUUUGGAUUGGGAAUUUCUUGAAAUUUGGCCUGAACACUUCUCGAUUUACCAACCUCAGCUUACACGUGUUUCUAGUUUUUGAUAAAUGGCACCUCAAAAUCCGUUAGAGCAGGCUUUUUAGGUCUGUAGCCCUUAUUUCUCGAAAACUAGGAGGCCCUGCAAGUUGAAACUUUCAGAAUCUUCUUUUGGUCCGUUAAGAAGUGUCCUGGCCAAUUUUCAAGGAAUCUUUCAAAAUUUGGCCUGAACCCUCAUCGGUGUACCAGAAGGUCUUGAAAGUGUCAACCUACACGUAUUCCUAGUUUUUGAGAGAUGGCGCCUCAAAAUCCGUCAGAGUAUGCUUUUUUAGGCCUGUGAGCCUUACUUCUCGUAAACUAGGAGGACGUGCAAGUUGGAACUUUCAGAAUCUUCUUUCACACUCUAACCUCAGAUAGUAGACUUUAAUUUAGAACCGCUUGAGAUGAGGGCGUGCCCAUGUUUGGCCCGAUCUAAUUCCGAAAACAAGUUUCUCUCUGCAGAUACCAACACGGACCAUGCGCCCAGGGGUACAAUUUCGUGCCGAUCGUCUUCGGCUUGAUGUUGUACAUCGUCUACGUCAUGGAAUGCUGGCACAGUCGGACCAAACUCAUCAACAUGAAGAAGGUUCCCAAUAUCCUCUCUACUCCUUAUAAAUCAUCGUUUCCAGGUCCGAGUGGAAGACGCAUUGGACUACAUCAACGCGUUGAAAAACUCGCCGCCAAUCGUAUGGUGGAAGAGCGUCUGCUAUCACUAUACUCGGAAAACGCGGCAGAUCACCAGGUUUUUUCGGGAAAUCUUCUUCUUUUGAAGAAGUUCAAGGACAGGUAUCGGAAUGGAGACGCGCUGCCGGCGACGCAAGUAUUCUACGAGCGGAUCAACUCCCACAACGCUGGGAACAUGUUCAUCUACGAGUACUGUGGCGUAAAGGUGAGACAUGAUCCAUAGCGUGUUCGCUAAUCUUUCCGUGUAACUCACUCUAAGUGGUCGCUCCCAUUCCGAAGCUCCAACCAAGAGCACGGUCUUGGGGUUCAUUAAGAGUUCUUCAAGGUGUAAUUGGAAGUAAAACGCGCAGAAAAACAAGGGGAGGACCAGUAAGAUCACCAACUUGACCAGCUACACGUUUGAACUUCUAGUUGGGUUGUUCGAUACGGCUUUAAAAUUUCUUGUUGAUAGCCUAGUCCAUAACAUCUAUGACUAAAACAAAAAAAAUCCGUCUUCUGCGACUUGAAAGGGCGGGACUUCUCUGCGCCCUCCUUAUCUCUCGACGUCUCUCUCAUGCUUACGUGCUAUUUCCAUGUUUCUCUGACCUCGCCGGUGAGGGUACGCGAAAACUGUCAAGGCGGUCUAUGGACUAUAUAUAGUCUACUUUACAAUACUUCUCUUGAUCUCCAUGUAUAGCUGAUUCACGGCUAGCUUAGGACGCUAAGAGGGCGUGUUGUGUCUGCGUUCUCCACGAGCCAGGCACUGUCUCUGCAUUAUCGUGUCGGGACCCUUUUUUCAAUGGCUCAAGCAAGCCGUGAAUGAGCUAUACUUAUGUUGCUCAAGGGCCUACUCCAUUUCUUGCCAUUCUCAAAUUUGGUGCUGCUGCUGGGCCUGUCAACCUUGAUUUCGCUUAUUUCAACUCUUCUCAGCUUUUCUCUCUCACUUUUCUAAACUCUCAAACGAUCCCCUUAUUUUCGAAAAAAAAACUUUGCCAGGGAAGAAGUAUUUUCCUAAACCUCCUCAUAGCAAACCAGCAAUCUUGUAAAAAUUGUUUCUGUUCCAGGAUAUUUCAAAGUCAAUCACGGGGGUGGAGAAAUUCGGUGUGACGCGGGUGCGGCUGUCGCGGAGCUUCGUCUUCGCCAACAUGCAAGCGGCUAACGAGUUCGAGGAGCAGAGGACACGGUUUUUCAACGAUAAUGAGGCCAAGGACGACUACAUGGAGGUUCGGACUUGAUAAUUUCUCUGACAUGGGGCGCAUAAAGGCCGCCACACCUCUUUCUCUGACCGAAGCUAUUUCGUCGUUUUCUCGCAGCUAGACAACGACGAAAUAGUGUGUGUCAGAGAAAGGGUUGUGGCGGUCUUUAUGCGCCCCAUUUCAGAGUGAGAGAAGAAACUAUGAUUACUGACUUCGGAACCAAUGAAGGGAAUAUUUUCAGGUAAAAGAGGGAAUGGACUUGGCGGACGUCGUUUUCAUCGACGAACUGCUCUGUUUCAACCGUCCCAACCCUCCAUGGUAAGUUAAUCACUUUUCUUGAAGUUAUAAAAAUAUGGAAAUACGUACAGGUUCCUGCAUCCGAUCGUCUUUUGGAUAUUCUCGCUGUGCAUUUUGUCCUGGCCGUUGCGCAUUUACACAGAAUGGCGAACUGCGAUUCUAUCAUUUCACGUCGUCAAAUUGUUCGGGACCAAUUAUUUGAGGUCAUUUCUUUUUUUGAAAAGCAUUUAUUAUUGGACCUUUAUAAAACGAACUUCUUUUUUUGGAUCUUCAAAAUGAGAAAAAGCUUUGCUUAUUCAAAAUUCUUCAUUCAUUUUAACUACAUCCAAAAAUUCGAAUUCAAAAAAUUAUUUUACUACCUAGUUUUUGAGACUCAAAAGGCCUACGCCGAAAAAUAAGGAAGUCAUCAAUCAAAAUGGAUCAGGGGAAAAGGAAUGGAGAUUAAAGGCUUGAGUUGCUUGCAAUUUUCAAAAUGUUCGUUUUAUAGUUUUUCGUUUUCCAAAAAGAGGAAAAUUUGUAGCUUGAACUACGUUCGUUUAAAAUGCAUGUUGUCCAAAAAAAAAAUUCUUCGUUCCAUUUGCAAAGUUUGGCCAAGUUUCUGACCGAUGGUUAUUCUACAUAGGGGCUUUCGUGACACGAAAAAAAUAUCUCAAAAAACAAAACUUGGAGCAAAUUGGUAUGGAAGUUCGUCAAAAGUUGUAAGCUUCAAUAAAACUCAACAAACUCUAAUUUUGGUUUUAUCAUUCUCAUAAUCAAGUUUCAUUUAUUUGCCUUGUUAGGGAAAAUUCGCAAGUAGUAAGGACCAUAGAACUUUAGAACCGGCCCAGAAGAAACAGGCACAGAAGCCGAAACUGAUAUGACUGGGGGGAGUGGGACUAGCCUAAUCUGUUUAACUUCAAGACCGACGCUUGAUCAGCAAACUUUUCAGUCCAUCAUCCGGCAACUACACGGGUCCCCUGACACGAACAUCAACCAUGGACACGGCAGAACUGGAAGCUCUAAUGCGACGCGAGCAACAGUUCGUCGUGCCGUCCUACAGCGAGGCGAUGCUGCUGCAGAGUACGAUGGCGCGAACUGGACCUGGUCGACCUCCAGAAGCUCUCAUCUUUCCGCGUCCGCUCAUCUCCAACAACAACGAGCAUAUCGUCUUGCGGAAUUACGGCGCCGUCGAGGAAGGCCUUCCACCGUCGACGCCGAGGCCGACGACGUCGUUCUCUCAAAGAUUGAUGAGGACCAGUCGGAGUAUGAGCUUCUCCAGGCCUAGCAGGUGAUCUAGCGUCCACUUGAACUAGUGAAUAGUCCUUUUCAGAGACGCUUCAAGAGCAAUCCUGCCACGGAGGCCGAUCGCGUCUCUGCGCGGAACCGGCGGCGGUCCGUCGCGGUCUUUAUCGAUAAGCGGCAUGUCGGCCUGGUCCAAUGGGUAUAGUCCAAUCGGAGAUGAUUCUCAGCAGCUCAUCGAGCCCGAUGAACCACCACCCCCUUAUGAGGUUGGCUUUAUCGAAUUUCUGAUGGAUUUCUAUACUUCUCGGCCAAUUUUUAAGACUUCAGAGGAAGUUAAGCUAUUUGUAGUCGGUCUUUUGAAUGAAACUUCAUUCAGUAGAUACAGUUUUUCCUUCCGAUUCUGAAUCUCUACUUGGAAACUCCCACGAAAGUCUGUGAGAAAAAUUAUGGUCGCUCAAUUCGACAGGAACUCUAGUGCUCAUGAUAGCUGAUCACACAAAAAAUCAAUUAGCAACUUUUUGAAAAUAAUGUGUGACUUGGAUAAACUUAAGAAAUUCAGAGUGGACCCUUUAGGAGCAGCCUUAGGGGCCCUUAGAGGUUUACCAGCCCCUAUAGGAGCCACUGAGGGUUGCAAAAGUGGUCCCUAUAGGGGUUUUAAUUAGUGGCCCUUGAGGGGCACGACAAUUGUUAUGAACUCCAAGCGAAGAAGCAUUUCCAGGGGAACAACUUUUUUGACUGAAAUUGAAAGACCCCUCUAGGGUCCACUGGAGAUACCCUUGACAAAAAAAAAAAAAUCAAAACCAACUUCAAAAAUCAUCCAGGUGGCCCUCCGAAUGUGCGCUCCACUGUACGAGCGGCUCCGACGGUCGAUUUCCUCUCGUCUGGCCUCGAUCUCCCACUCGAGCUCGAAAGACCUGAAGUCGUUGGCGCUGAAGAACAACAACAAUAACAAUAAUCUACCGUAA